UGAAACUAAAAUAUGUACACCGGCCAAUAUGUCAGCUUCUGGUAAAGCAAUGUGGACUUCGAUACUUUUUUUUCUGGCAUGUUUUCUGCCAAAUGCAUUAUCUGAGGAGACAAAAGAACAUCCAUCAAUUGGUAUUGUGGGAGGAGGAAUUGGGGGAACAUCUACUGCAUAUUUCCUGAGGCAGUUAUUUGGUAAAGAUGCUAAGAUUGACAUCUUUGAGAAGAGGCAGGUGGGAGGGAGACUCACCACCAUAAAGAUAGGCGACAAUCAGAUAGAGGCUGGAGGAACCCUGAUCCACCCCAAAAAUAUGUACAUGGUCAAUUUCACCAAGCUAUUAGGUCUGGAACAACUAGAUGUUGGCGGAGGGUCCUUUGGGAUCUUUGAUGGAAGCUCUAUGAGGAUCAGCAGUAGUAAAUACAGUGUGGUCACUAUGGCCAAGCUGUUCUGGAGGUACGGCAUGGACAUCUACAACAUGGACUCCUGGAUCAAUGAAAAAUUGUUAUCUAAAUUCAUGAGAAUUUAUGAUAUUCAGAGCGCCGGACAUGCUUACACAACAGUCCCUGAUCUGAUUGGUGCCAUGGACCCGUCUUUCAUCUCGUACAUGAAGAAUUCCAUAAAAUUUGUCAUGAAAACUUCCGGAUUUGGCGAUACGUUCAUCGACGAAAUGGUAAUGGGAGCCUUAAGGACAAAUUAUGGUCAAAAUACAGACAUUCCAGGUUUCGUAGGAGCUGUUUCUAUAGCAGGAGUGCAACCAGGACUCUGGGCUGUCAAGGGGGGUAACAAACAGGUGCCCGAGAAACUGGUGUCUGAAGCCCAGGUUCAGGUAAUCCAAGGGACAGUGGUGUCAGUACAACUUCUACAGUACCAGGGCAAGAAUUACAGAGUUGGAUUCUUUGAUGAAGAAAAGAAAGAGCAAUUCAAAGACUAUGACAUUGUCAUUGUCGCUACACCAUUACACGAUGAAGUGUCAGAGAUUGAUUUUGAAGAUUUCCCCAGCUCCAUCGAGAAUUUUCCUCAGCAGUUUCAUAAAGUGACAGCUACUUUUGUAGAAGGAGUUCCAGAUCCCAAGUAUUUUGGAGUUGAUAACGCUGAUGACUUGCCAAAUAGUAUAUUAACAUGUAACGAUUCAAUUCUAGUCAAUUCCCAGGACAAAAAAGCUGAUGUCUUUGGAAACCCUACUGAUGUUUAUAAAUUUUUCUCCAAUACGCCACCAAGUGAGGAUGAUGUCAAACAAAUGUUUACCUCAAAGAAAGACAUACGAAUGGCCACUUUCAUGGCUUACCCCAAGUAUUCUACUGUGGGGGAAGAUUUACCUCCCUUUGUGCUGCAUGACCAGUUGUAUUAUGUGAAUGGUAUAGAACUGGCAGCAUCUGCCAUGGAAAUGAGUUCCAUUGCAGGGAAAAAUGUCGCACUGUUAGCUUAUAAUCACUGGCAUGGCAAUCUAGAUAAGAUUGAUGAACCUUACUUAGACCCAGCCUCAGAGAAAGACAAAACAGAAUUGUAAGAUAAUGGUGCAAUAAUUAGAUUAUUUAGUUGCAGAUAUAUUUAGAUAGAUUAUUUUCUUUUUACAAUAUAUUUCCAUUUUCAUGUCCAUGUCUCAGUAAAGGAUUUCCCAUUUUUUUCUUGCUAGAUUUGCUCUGUAUAGUUAUAUCAUGGUCCAAUUUUCAGUUGCUCAAUUUGAUUAAAAAUUUAUUUAGAAAGACAUUUUUAGGAAUGUCUGAUAUUAAUAUCAUGUACAAGUACAUUUCAUUUUAUUUGAACAACUGAUUAAACUUCAUCAGUUUUCCAGAAUACUUGUAGUUCAUAUUUAGUCACUGCAAGUAAGCUGAGCCAUGUUGCCUACAUAAUGUUCAAUAUGAGAAAAUAUCACCAUACAUGUACAUGUACUUCUGAAUUCAUUUCUCCGAAACAGAAUGCAGUAAUUUGCUUUUGUUGUUUUGUUUAUGAUAUAUUUCUGAUUUCAGGGAUUAAAAAUAAGUCGUACAUAUACCAGUAUCUGUAGAAUGAUUUACUUGUAAUAGUAAGAAAUUGAGGACAUUUUGAACACCUUUAUUUAAUACAGAUUAAAUAUAAUAUGUAUGGUAUACAUAUGAGUUGUGGUGCUUGAGUACUAUCAAUACAACUGUUUUGUACAUAUGAUUAUUAUACAGAGAUAUCAUCAACUGAUAAUAACUGAUGUAUGCAUACAUACAAAUUGAUGCAUUGAUGUUUAUGUGAUCUCAUUCUUUUUAGUUUAUUGAUGUGUUAAUGUCAUUUGAAUCACUGUUUCAUCUAUUUAAAAACCAGUUCAAAACCGUGUGAAAUUCUGUACACAAGUUUUGUUAAGAAUAGGGUUGGUUAAGUGGAGUAAUCUGAUCUUUAUUUCAAGGUAUAGUAUUGUUAUCCUGAACUAGUGAAAAUCCUACACGUAAACCGUAUGGUUGAUCACAUUUAUACAGGUUAUAAUUUAAGUUGUGACUUGUAAACCUCUUGAUGAACACAACUUGAAUACUAGUAUUUUUCAAAAUUUUUAGAUUUUGGGUAUAUUUAGGUUGUGGGAACAUAUGUUUAAGGUAGGUUGCGGGUUUGCUUUCGUCAUCAUAUUUUGUACGCAAUUUAGAAAAGUUGAGUGGUCGUCUUGUGCACAUUCAUUUAAUAUGAUGUCAUAAUGGAGACAUCCCAAGAUUUCCCACUUCUGUUUUUAUAGGGUAAACCCGCGACCCACCUUUAGGAAUAAUUUUGUUUAUGAAAUGUAUGUAUUUAUAUAAAGAAAACAUUCCUUCUUCGCAUUUUUGCUCUGGUGCAUGUAUGCAUGUAAUUUAUCUUUGGGGAGGUUGAAUGUUGAUAAAAAGGUUGCAGGAACAAGUGUUUAAAUUUUUAUUUAUAUUAUAGAACAAAAAAAAAACGAAAAAAAAUUAUGAUUUAUUUAUCUCAUAGGCAAAUUACAGACAUUUGCAUUUUUGCAUUCACACAAAAAUUCAGUUGUAUGGUUUUUCAAAUGAUUAUUGAAAAUAAAUUCAGUUCUAAAUCAA